AUGUCCUCGUGGCUCCAGCGCCAGGUUGGCCAACAGCAGGCUCAGCUUGCAGUCACUGCUGCGAUCUCUGGGGCCGCCGUGGCCGGCGCAAUAUUCGGCUAUCAAGCACUGAGAAGGAAGGAAGCUGUGCAGCAUCUCAAAGCUUCAAUCCCUCCAAUUGAUGAAAGGCAUCAUGCAGAAAAGCUCACAGAGUACGGUACAGCGGCGUCAUCAACACACUUGAGUAAAGAGGACGAACGCAGCGCGGCUCUUGCGCAAAGAGCGCAAGAGGGUGACUAUGAUGACGAUCUCAUACUCGAACAACUCGCCCGUAACCGCGUAUUUCUCACCGACGACGGCCUAGCGAAACUCCGUUCAUCAUUCAUCAUUGUGGUUGGGUGUGGUGGCGUGGGCUCGCAUGCUGUCGCCUCGCUUGCCCGCUCGGGCGUCUCGAAGAUUCGCCUGAUCGACUUCGACCAAGUAACAUUGUCUUCUUUGAAUAGACAUGCUCUCGCUACUCUGGCCGACGUGGGCACACCCAAGGUGCAUUGCAUUAAAAAGAGACUGGAACAGAUUGUCCCCUGGGUCAAGUUUGACUGUAGGAACGAACUCUUCGGUGGAUCUGUUGCUCCAGAUCUACUUGCUCCGUGGUCCUGGGAUGACAGCGACAAGGGACGGAAGCCAGACUACGUGCUUGACUGCAUCGACAACAUCACGUCAAAGGUUGAACUGCUGCACUAUUGCCAUUCCAACUCUAUCCCCGUGAUAUCGUCAAUGGGAGCAGGAUGCAAAUCCGAUCCUACACGCAUUAUGGUUGGCGAUAUCUCACUGAGUACUGAUGACCCUCUGUCGCGCAGCACUCGACGACGCCUCAAGCUCCUGGGGGUCAACUCGGGAAUCCCCGUCGUAUUUUCAACGGAGAAACCCGGUCCUGGAAAGGCUAGUCUUUUACCACUUGCCGAGGAAGAAUUCGCCAAAGGACAGGUUGGUGAGCUCGGCGUGCUGCCCGACUUUCGUGUUCGCAUUCUUCCUGUCUUGGGAACCAUGCCUGCUGUUUUCGGAUACGCGAUUGCCAAUCACGUCAUCUGCGACAUCUCAGGCUAUCCUAAUGAUUACAAUGUCGGUGGAAAAGGCCGGGAAAAGCUCUAUGAUAGCAUCAUGGCAUCCCUACAAGGAUUGCAUGAAAGAUUGGCCCGGGCUGAAGCCGGGCAUGAUCUCGUUGGGCUUCGUAUUCCUAUCAGCAAAGAUGAUGUUGGAUACCUCGUGGAGGAGAUAUGGAGGGGCAGGAGUGCUAUUAGCAACCUGACUAACCGGUUGAUACUGGUACCCUGGCAACGGCCGGCUCGGGGCUUCUUGCCUGAUCCGGAGUGGGAAAAGGAAGGACAGAAGUUUAUUCCGAUUGAUUUGAAGAACCUCGUUUGCAUGACCAAGGAGGAGGGCGCUCGCCAUGAGCGGGAGGUCCUCCGAGGUGGAAAGGAUGUGACAGAGGUAUAUGACGAGAAAGUCCUGGAAAAGGUUAAGAGGCGUAUGGAAGAGGUGGAAGUUCAUGAAAAAUUCCGCUAA